GUCAGCAAUCAAAGGUCUUCAGAUGAGCGGCCUCAACAUCGUAUCUGUGACUGACAACACCCCUGUGUCUUGGAAUCCACCUCGUGCCAGAAAGCAACGAAAAUUGUGAGAAUGUGCUCCGAAUUUUUUGAGAUAUAUUCUGUUUUUGGACAAUAAUUUAAACAACAGAAUGAAGUUGUGUGAAUUGAAAAAAUGUAGGAAUUAUAUUGUUUUGUAAUGUUAUUAGAUAAACAUUAAACUGGAAUUUGUUGUACUAAUUUUGUGGUAAUUUGCACCUUCUCAUCACUUUGAUUUGUAUGUUACCAUGAGAGUGUCGCAGUCUCAGACACAAGUGGUUAGCCUUUAUGCAAGCUCUUUGGUGGUUCAGAGGCUACGUUUCACUUUUAUAGGAAGUUUUAAGGCACAAAAGUCGAUAUUCCUCAUAGGGAAUAUUUGCAGAAAUAAGAAGAAAAAUCCCAUCAUAAUAGUGUUUUCUGUUGUGGUAAUUUUUCAAACGACGAAUAUUGUAUUUAUUUUGUAAAUACUUGGAAAAUAGAAUUAUUUUAGCGUGAGCGUAUUUUCGGAGGUGCACGGCAUUCAAGUCUGGCACGUAACCUGCGCUAAGCAUGCUGGGUAGUGGCCUGGGAGGAAGAAGGCAAUAUGGCCGGUUGUAGUGCAAUGCAGUUAAGUAGGGAGGAGUGACGAAUAUGUGGUUCGAUGAUUCGCGAUUUAAAUAUUUGUGUGUAAUUUAGUUUUGAGGAGUUGGAGUUAACAUCGUAAACUAUAAUUCGCUGUUUUUAUACUGAUAUAUAGCUAAUUUUUAAUAAUAGUUCCUUUCGCCUAAAGAGACACGAGUCGUGUGAAUUUGGCAAGAUGGCAGCUAAAGAGCUGUGACGAAGGGAAAAUCUUUCGUGAACUUGGUGUUUUCUGUGCAUUUAUUGAGCUCCAAUGUUACAUUUAGGAGAAGAUUAGUAACACCCAAAUAGGAUUUUUGGAUUUUCGUGAGAUAAUCAGUUUUUAAUAUAUUAUUUUGUCGAGGAGCAAUAGGUUCUUGACCAAGACCAUGCGACAGGAUUCGGGCGAAGAGAGUGGGCCAGAAUCUGCUUCUGAAUCGGAGAAGAAUUCCGGUUCAGGUUCAGACAAUGAUUCUAAAAGUUCAGAAUCAUCCAAGUCAGGGUCGGGGUCUGGUUCUGGUUCAGGAUCUGACAGCUCUUCAGAGUCUUCAAAGUCAGGUUCAGGGAGUGGGAGUGGUAGUGGUUCAGGAUCAGAUGACAAAUCUUCACCUGAAAAAAGUGAGCCUAGCCCCCCCAAGGUUCAUGUGAAGAAAUCUGAGGCAUGUGCGGACCUUAAGCAGGUAAAGAAGAGCAGCCCAUCUUCCAGUGUUUCAUCUGAGUGUUGGGAGGAAAAUCCAGAUGUCUAUGGAAUUCGCCGUUCAGGGAGAUCCAGAAAAGAACCUGAAAGGUUAAAUGCUGCAGAAAGUGAUUCUAGUGACAAAGGAAAACGUAGAGCUACUGUUAGGAAGGCAAGAAAAAGUAGAUCAGACACAUGGAAUUCAGAAUCAUCAGAUUCUGAAGAUGAAAAGGCUCCUCCUCCCAGAAGCAAACCUCCAUCCCGCAAAGGAAUACCUUCAAAACCCCGACAGAGAGUGGAAACUACUAGAAAGAGACGUAAAUAUAGCGAAACAUCAGAAGAAUCAAGUUUCAACAGUGAUGAAAAUGAUUCACACAGUGCCAGUGUAUCGAGACAUGGAAAUCGUCGGGUUGCUGCCGGUGUUAGUUAUAAAGAAGCAAGCGAUGAUAAGACUGACUCUGAUGAUUUAGUAGAAGUAGAUUGGACAGAAACUACACCAGCUGAGCCUGACAAUGCGGAAACAAUCGAGAAAAUAAUUGCCCAACGACGUGGAAAAAUUGGAGUCACAGGAAAUCAGACUACUAUUUAUGCUGUUGAAGAAAAUGGUGAUCCUAAUAAGGAUUGUGAUCCCAAUGACUUGGAAAGCACAGAACCACAGUUUCUCAUUAAAUGGAAAGGAUGGUCACAUAUUCAUAACACAUGGGAAUCUGAAAAGUCUCUCAAGGAUCAAAAGAGCCCAUUGAGACGUUCGUUUGGAGCAGCGGAAGAUGUGGGUUUACGAAGCGAACAUAUUAAGGUAAAAGGUUUGAAGAAACUAGAAAAUUUUAUAAAACGGGAAGAAGAAUUAGUUAUAUGGAGACAACUUGCCACUCCAGAGGAUAUAGACUAUUACGAAUGUCAACUUGAAUUGCAAAAUGAAUUGCUGAAAAGCUACAAUAAUGUGGAGAGAAUAAUAGCAGAGUUUAGGAAACCAGAAGGAUCAAAUUCAGAUUACUAUAUCAAAUGGGAAAGCUUACCAUAUUCUGAAGCUACUUGGGAAGAUGGCUCGUUGAUUGUAAAGAAAUGGCCAAAGAAAAUUCAAGAAUUUCAAGAGCGUGAGGAAUCUAAAAGAACUCCUUCCAAACAUUGUCGUGUCUUGAAACAUCGACCUAAAUUUGUACCAGUUAAAUCGCAGCCUGAAUAUAUGGGCGGUGAUCAGGUGCUAACAUUGAGAGAUUACCAGUUAGAUGGAUUAAACUGGCUUAUUCAUUCAUGGUGCAAAGAAAAUUCAGUAAUAUUAGCGGAUGAAAUGGGUCUAGGAAAGACAAUUCAGACAAUAUGCUUUUUGUACUAUCUCUUUCAUGCUUAUCAAUUGUAUGGGCCUUUCCUUGUGGUAGUGCCUUUAUCUACUAUGACAUCAUGGCAACGAGAAUUUAGCCAGUGGGCUCCAGAAAUGAACAUUGUAACUUACUUGGGAGAUGUUACUUCACGUGACAUUAUUCGACAAUACGAAUGGUGUUUUGCAAGUUCUAAGAGGUUAAAAUUUAACGCCAUAUUGACUACAUAUGAAAUUGUUCUAAAAGAUAAAGUAUUUCUUGGAAGUGUGAGUUGGGCAGCUUUAUUAGUAGAUGAAGCUCACAGACUUAAAAACGAUGACUCAUUGCUUUAUAAAGCUCUCAUGGAAUUUGAAACAAAUCACAGACUUUUAAUUACUGGAACUCCUCUACAAAAUAGCCUUAAAGAGUUGUGGAGUCUUCUUCAUUUUAUUAUGCCUCAUAAGUUCAGUUCUUGGGAAGAAUUUGAAAAAGAUCAUGCAAAUUCUGCACAGAAGGGUUACUCCAAAUUACAUAAACAGUUGGAACCAUUCAUCCUUCGUAGAGUUAAAAAAGAUGUGGAAAAAUCAUUGCCAGCAAAGGUGGAACAAAUUCUUCGUGUAGAGAUGACUUCUCUCCAAAAGCAGUAUUACAAGUGGAUUCUGACAAAAAAUUAUAAUGCUUUAAGGAAAGGUACUAAAGGAUCAUCAACUUCAUUUCUGAAUAUUGUUAUAGAGUUGAAGAAGUGUUGUAAUCAUUCCUACCUUAUAAAGCCUGCUGAUCCUGAUCAGCGAAACAACCAAGAUGAACAUAUCCGGGAAUUGAUACGUGGAUCUGGGAAACUCGUUCUGUUGGAUAAGUUGUUGAUACGCUUGAAAGAAACUGGUCAUCGUGUACUCAUCUUCUCUCAAAUGGUGCGGAUGUUGGACAUAAUUGGGGAAUAUCUGCAGCUCCGUCACUUUUCCUUCCAAAGAUUAGAUGGAAGCAUUAAAGGAGAACUGCGUAAACAAGCAUUGGAUCAUUUUAAUGCUGAAGGUUCUCAGGAUUUUUGUUUUCUCCUUUCUACUCGAGCUGGUGGUUUAGGUAUAAAUUUGGCUACAGCUGAUACUGUAAUUAUUUUUGAUUCGGAUUGGAAUCCUCAAAAUGAUUUACAAGCACAAGCACGAGCUCACAGAAUUGGACAGAAGAAUCAGGUGAAUAUAUAUCGUCUUGUAACUCGAAGCUCUGUGGAAGAAGAAAUUGUUGAAAAAGCUAAGCAGAAAAUGGUACUAGAUCAUUUAGUUAUUCAGAGAAUGGAUACAACUGGACGAACGGUUUUGGAUAAGAAAUCUUCCAGUUCAUCAACUCCGUUUAAUAAGGAAGAGCUAACAGCAAUAUUAAAAUUUGGUGCUGAGGAAUUGUUUAAAGAGAAAGAAGAUGAUGGUGAUGAAGAACCUACAUGUGAUAUUGAUGAAAUUCUUCGAAGAGCUGAAACUAGGGAUGAAGCACCAGCAACAGUAGGAGAUGAACUUCUGUCUGCAUUUAAAGUUGCUAGUUUUGUAGCUAUUGAUGAAGAUGCAGACAUUCCACCUGUUAAACAUGAAGAAGUUGAUGAAGAAAGUAAAGACUGGGAUGAAAUAAUUCCUGAAACAAUUCGUAAAAAAGUAGAGGAAGAAGAAAGGCAAAAGGAAAUGGAUGAUUUGUAUUUGCCUCCUAGAAGCCGAAAGACCUUACAACAAAUUAACGACUCCGACAGUGAUGGUGAAGGAAAGGGAAAGAAAAAAAAGAAGAGAAAUGAAGAAUCUGACACCAGCGAUGGAGGAAGUGAUGAUGAACGACCAAGAAGAAGAGGAAGACCACCUCUACAACCUCGUGAAGUUAUUAAAGGUUUUACUGAUGCAGAAAUUCGAAGAUUCGUGAAGAGUUAUAAGAAAUUCCCUGCUCCGCUGAAAAGGCUAGAAGCUGUAGCAUGCGAUGCUGAAUUGCAAGAAAAGCCAUUAGCAGAACUUCGACGUUUGGGUGAAAUGUUACGUGAUAGAUGUAUAGCAGCCAUGGCUGAGAUGCAAGCAGCAGCCAAAGAAGAAGCACUGAAUGAAGACAGCAAUGCAUCUGGUCCUAAUCAAAAGAAACGUCCAAGAGGUCCUUCAUUCAAGCUUGGAGGCGUACCUGUUAAUGCUAAAAGUUUAAUGGCAUGUGAGAAAGAACUGGAAGCAUUAGAUGUUCUUUUACCUCGUGAACCAGAGGAAAGAAAGAAAUGGGUGUUAGAUGCAAGGGUAAAACCAGCAAAUUUUGAUGUUGAAUGGACUCUUGCUGAUGACUCAAGAUUGCUUGAAGGAGUUUAUCAGUAUGGCCUAGGUUCAUGGGAAGCUAUCAAAAUGGAUCCUUCGUUGGGUAUAGCUGAUAAAAUUUUGGCAAAUGAAGACAAAAAGCCGCAAGCAAAGCAUUUGCAACAGCGUGCAGAUUAUUUAUUACGAAUUUUACAAAGGCAACUGGAUGGCACAGGUCCUAAGUCUGGUAGACAGGUCAAUGGUGCUGCAAAGCCUAGGCGAGAAAGGAAAAAGGCAAAUACCUCAAAAGAAAAAGUUCCUCUUACUGCUGCCAUUGUGGAAGAUGGUUUAAGUUCAAAUGAAGAUAAUACAAAUACAUCUGUAAGUACUCUGCCAGCUCCAGUCAAAAAACCACCAAAGAAACCACCUAUAGAAAAACCUGCAAAACCAAAAUCUGAAGCUGAAGAUGGCAAAAGUGAAGAUGAUGAGAAAGAGAAAGAUAUUUCCAAAGACGAUAAAAAAGAUAAAAAGAAAGAAAAGAAGGAGAAAAAAGAAAAGAAAGAGUCUAAAAAGAAGAAAAAGCAACAAACAACGGGACCCAUGCACUUUACUGCUAAUAGUGAACCACGUGCAUUGGAAAUUAUUGGUGAUUUGGAUCCUGCAGUUUUUAAUGAGUGUAAAGAGAAGAUGCGACCAGUUAAAAAAGCUCUGAAGGCAUUGGACAGUCCUGAUAGCCAGCUGUCAGAACAAGAGCAAUUAGUUUACACAAGACAAUGUUUGCUUCAAAUUGGGGAUCAAAUUAAUCAUUGCUUGACAGAGUAUAAAGAUCCUGACCAGAUUAAAGAAUGGAGGAGCAACCUUUGGUAUUUUGUAUCAAAAUUUACUGUGUUUGAUGCAAAGAAGUUAUUUAAGUUAUAUAAACAUGCAGUUAAAAAAGAUCAGGAACGUAAAGUACCAGAGAAAAAGCCUAAGCUUGAAAAAACAGAAAAGGAGGAAAUCUCUCGAGAUUCAAAAGAUGCAGGUCAUAGUAAGGCUACAAAUAAACGGAAACUGGAUGAGGAUAGGGAAACUGAAUCCCAGUCUCCAAAUAAAAAAUUGUAUCAAUCUUCAGAAUCCAGCCGCACCCAUGACAAAGAAGAGAAGAAUCGAGAUAAAGAAAGAAGUAAAAAGAACAGUGAAAGGGAGCAAAGUCGGGCAACAUCUCGAGAAAAGGAUCGAGACCACGACAGGGAACGAGAAAGAGAGAGAGAUAGAAGUAAAGAAGGAAUGAGGGUACGGCGAGAUAGUGAGGGUAGCCAUGUCUCAACACCUCAAAGAAAUAGGGAUGUCAAUGGACCUACCACACCUCAGAAGAAUAGUGGUCACCAAACACCUUAUGCUGGACGCCAUGAUUUUCCACCUGGAAGUGAGAGAUCUGGUACAAGUCCUCAUGGAGGUAGACAUCCAGGUGGAGCGAUGGCUGCAGAUGUAGAUCGUUGGCCUAGUGGUUCACAGUCAAGGGACAGGUUUGGUAAAGAUCACCCAAGAGAAAGAUUUGAUGGAUAUCAGAGAAUGCAAAGUACAAGUUCAGGUUCUGGCAGUUACCACAGAGAUAGAAAUCAUCGUAUGAUGGACAAAAGAAGGUUUCAUCAAGGCCCAUCUAAUUACGGUGGACAUUAUGGCCCUCAGUCAUCAUAUCCUAUGGGGCCUGGAUCAUAUCCCCCUGGUGACAUUCCACCAUCUUCCCACUUUCCACGAGAAAGGUUCCCUGGACCAAUGGUUGGAGGUCCAGGAGGAAAUUUUCCUGAAUGGAGAGGAAAAGAGAGAGACUACAGAAGGGAUUAUGACAGGAGACCUCCACCUAAUUCAUAGUAGUGGAUGUGCUGUGUGUAGAAAUGUGUAUGUGUUGUACAUAAUAUGGAUUGUCAAGUUUUGUGUAUAUGUGGAAGAGGAUAAGUUCAAGAACUUGUGAUUAGUGAAAGUCUUGAGCAAAUCUGAUUGUUUACGGGAUGUACUUUGUAAAAUUAUUCAAAUUUUACAGAGAAAAUUGUAUAAAGGUGUUGGAUAUGAUUUUUGCCUUCCUUUUUAUCAAGGACAAGGAAUCGUUUGGUUCAAAUAUAUCUGAAAAGAGCUUUGUUUAUAUGGAACUUAAUAUAUUUGUGUGCAGAUGUAAAUGUAUAUUGUACAGAGACUUUAUUUGUGAAAUCUGACAAAAAACACCUAGAAUUAAGUGUGUGUUUUGUGAAUCAUUGUGCAUUAUUGUGCUCAGAUAAUGUAAGUUUACUUACGUCCAAUAAUGCUUGACAAUGUUGCAUAAUGUUUGCAGUGAGGGUUCGGUUCAUUUGUAGAAGUAGCUUGUUGUGUGGUGAUAUAGUUGUUUCAAGAAUAAUGGAAUCAUUGGAACAUUAAAGAUCAUGUUGUGAUGAGUAAGUACUGAUCACCUGUGAUCCAGAUGACUACCAGCAUGGGGAAAUGUGCAAGCAGACAUUUUAAAUAUCUAUAGUACUGAAGAUCUGAUUUAUAUAAAGUUGUAAAUAUGUGCUGAAACAAACUGAAAAUGGUGUUUUUGUCAGUAUUAAUUGUAAUCCUUAAAGUAAACUAACAUACAGGCAGUGGUGUUGAUUUUAUUAUUUUCGUAUAUGUGGAUUCACAACUGUAUUCCACAGCCCCACCAUCAUAAUUGCAGAUUAUGUACUGUUAACUGCACAAACAGGACCUUCUUGUAUAAGCAUUUUAUCAUCAAAAUACAAGAUGGUUAUUAGCACUGAAUCAUAAUGGACUUGGCCCUUUUUUGUUGGACUAGAUCACAAAUGAAUCAUUCCUUGUAUAUGAAUUAUAAGAUAUAUUUAUUUUCAAUAAAGUGCCAGUAACAGUUACUGAGGUGUAUUUAAUCUGUACCUAAAAAUCAUGGUGUGAUAAAAAUUAAGACUAAAUUAUAUGUAGAGAAAACAUAAAAACGUGUGGACUUAUUUGCGUACUAGUGUGGAAAAAAUGUUUGGAUUUUUUAAUUAAAUUUAACAUAUUAGGUGAAAUUGUUGCAAUGUGGUUGUUACACUUCCUGUAAUCCUAAUUGUCUGAGGCUACAUCUUAAUAUUAUUUAAGUGUGAUGAAACAAUAAUUUGGUUUAGUGAGCAAAAAUUUAAGAUGUUUCGGAUAGUGCUGAGGAAUCUUUAUUUCAAAAUUUUUAUUUUAUGGUGAAAUGUAAAUGUACUGUAUUUACCUGCAUAUAAGUCUACUUUUGCUGCAGUAUCUCAUUUGAGAAAUAUGGAGGUUCGUUAAAUUUCCUGCAUAAGCCUUCUCUGUUAAAAUUUGUGUUUUACAUUGUCUUUCCAUGUUGCAAAUCUCAUGAAUGUUGAAGUAACAAAAAGCUGCUAAGUCAAUAAAAAUACUACACAUAUCUAUAAUAACUAAUUAUAUUCACAGAAAUUCACCUUUGCAUUCUCUGCAAAUUUGCGCACCAAUUCAGUCUGAUAUUUUUGAAGGAGCCAGUAAAAUGAGAAUCUCAGAUUGGAAUUGUGUCUAGUGAAACAAAACAUGAAAAUGAAUAAAAAUCAUUGC